AUGUCCGCUACCUCCCCCGCGCCCGACCAGCCCCUGCUGCGCGACGCGGCCGUGAUCGUCGACACCUCGGUCUCCCUCACGCUCGGCAGCGACUCGCUCUUGGUCGUCGGUAAGAACUGCGCGCCUGUCUCGGUACCUUAUGCAUCACUGACCAUGCACACAGAUGAGCGCUUCGCUCGCAAACCGGACCGUAGCUGCUGUGGAUUAUGCAAGUCCGAAUCAGAGACCAAACACACCAUUGCCCUGCUCAAUGUCCUCGAUGCCGAAUUGAAGUCCUCCAACCUCGUCAUCACCUAUGCGCGCCCCGCGGGCAAGAACGAAGUCUCCGUCGCUACUCUGGAGUACCCCGUUAGCCAGAAGGAGAGCGCGACGAUGGAGACGUGGGUCCGCAAGUUGAUCGACCGUGCGUAUGGAAAUGCGCAGCGUAGGAAGAGGCUGAAGGUCUUGGUGAAUCCAUUUGGUGGGAAAGGAACUGCUUCCUAUCUGUUCGGGACUUAUGCGGCGCCGAUCUUCGCCGCGGCCAAGUGCGAGAUGGACGUGCAGGCCACCACCCAUCGCGGACAUGCGAUUGAGAUUGCGGAGCAGCUGGAUUUGGAUGCGUACGAUGCUGUUAUUUGUUGCUCGGGCGACGGGCUGCCGUACGAGGUUUUCAAUGGAUUGGGGAAACGGCCGAAUGGCCGAGAGGCUCUGGCCAGAAUGCCCGUUGCUCUGCUGCCCUGCGGCUCUGGGAACGGGAUGACCUGGAACUGUUUUGGAACAGAUAGCGUGUCUAUCACGGCGGUGGAAAUUGUCAAGGGACUCCGGACGCCGCUGGAUUUGGUCUCCAUCACGCAGAAAGACUCGCGAACACUGUCCUUCCUCUCGCAGUCGUUCGGCAUCGUGGCGGACUCGGAUCUGGGCACGGAUAAUAUCCGAUGGAUGGGCGCGCAGCGCUUCACAUUCGGGUUCCUGAUCCGUCUAAUGCAGCGCACUAUAUACCCCUGUGACCUGGCGAUGAAGGUCGAUAUGAAAGACAAAACGGCCAUCAAGGAACACUACGUGUCAUUCAAGAAUCGACCAGAUGAUCCUACCUCUGCCGACAGUGACCGCAUAGAGGCUGCAAAGCAAUCACCAAGUUUACCAGAGCUCAAGUACGGCACGGUGAUGGACAAGCUCCCCGAGGACUGGGAAGUCAUCCCUGGUGAAACCAUGGGCAACUUCUACGCGGGCAACAUGGCAAUCAUGACCAAGGACACAAACUUCUUCCCGGCCGCGCUGCCGAACGACGGGUUCCUGGACGUGGUCACCAUCGACGGCAUGGUCAGUCGCGCCUCGUCGAUAAAGAUGAUGAACGAGAUCACCACCGGCGGGUUCUUCGACAUGCCCGAUGUCAAGGUGCGCAAAGUCACCGCGUACCGCUUGAUCCCUCACGAAAAGGAAGGCUACAUCAGCAUCGACGGCGAGCAGCUUCCCUUUGAAGCGUUCCAGGCCGAGAUCCACCAUGGCCUGGGCACCAUGCUGUCCAAGUCGGGUCGGGUCUACGAGGCGGAGGGCCCAAGAGUAUAG